UUUAGGUCUUCUUUCCUCUCCUUCUUCCAAGCCUGCAUCAUGAAGAGGAAUAAGGAAUUAGAUGAUCAUGAUGAACUAAACAGACAGAAGAGAAAGAAGACUAACAGCCAUAGCCGUAGCCCAGAUCUGAGAAGGAACAAUAGCGCAGAUCAUUACAACCUUAAAACCAAGCUUCAACAAGAGCUCGACAAAGAAGAUAAUGGUUUGCAGCUUGCUCUUUCUCUUAAUUCUUUUCUAACUGGCGAGUACCGUUCGUUGCCGGUAGACCAGCCACUUCCUCCGCCGCCGCCAUCUCCCCCUCCGCCACUAGCUCAAUCAAUAUCACUUCAAGCGCUGUUAUCAUCCCCACCCACCCCACACCGUCUAUACCCUGUGCCAGUACCAUUGGUGGCGGAAUCCUCGAGUUCAAGUACCCCGAUGAUGUGCGGUCCAGAAGGAGGCCCCUCUCGCCCCAUACGUGCUCGUCGUAACCAGUCACGGGUGCUGCGCGAGGGAAAGUCCGAUACCAUCAACGCUCCGUUCCCGUGGGCCACGACUCGUCGAGCCACGGUCUACAGUCUCGAAUGCCUGCGGUCCAAGCAAAUCGAUACCAUUACUGGCUCUGUCCAAUGCAAGCGGUGCGAGCGUCAGUACGAGAUUGGGUAUAAUCUGGAGCAAAAGCUCGAUGAAGUUGGGCAUUAUAUCGUGGCGAACAAGAGCAGCAUGCAUGACAGGGCGCCGAGCAAUUGGAUGAAUCCGGUUCUUCCAAAGUGCAAGUUCUGCGGUCAAGAAAACAGCUCGAAGCCGAUUAUCUCGCAGAAGAAGAAAGCGAUAAACUGGCUGUUUUUGCUUCUGGGACAAAUGCUUGGUUGCUGCACGCUUGAGCAAUUGAAGUAUUUCUGCAAGCACACCAAGAAUCACAGGACGGGCGCUAAGGAUCGUGUUCUUUAUCUUACUUAUCUUGGACUAUGUAAACAACUCGAUCCUAGUGGACCUUUUGAUCGAUAAAGAUUAUAAUAAAUACUCACAGCAGAACCCUUUUUUUUUUUUUCUCCGAGUUCUUUGAAGUUAUUUUCUAGGUUAAUUUCGUUUCUUUCCGGGCUUUUGAUGAUCAUCUCUCGAUGA